GCAGCCCCCCGGGCGGGCGGGCGCGCGCAGGAACAUGGCGGGGCAGGGCGGGAGCAGCGCUGGAGGCCGCGGCGUUGUGAUUUCAGACAAUUGGCCUGGAUACAGUCUGGAUUUGUUCACUUAUCCUCAGCACUACUAUGGUGACCUGGAAUAUGUGCUCAUUCCUCAUGGCAUUAUUGUUGACAGGACAGAACGACUGGCAAAAGAUAUUAUGCAAGACAUUGGAGACAAUGAUAUUGUGGUUCUCUGUGUCCUCAAAGGUGGCUACAAGUUCUGUGCUGAUCUUGUGGAGCACAUUAAAAAUCUCAGCAGAAAUUCAGAAAGGUUCAUCUCCAUGAAAGUCGAUUUUGUUAGACUGAAAAGUUACCACAAUGAUCAGUCUAUGCAAGAUAUGCAGAUAAUUGGAGGAGAUGAUCUUUCAAAGCUGACUGGCAAGAAUGUUCUAAUUGUGGAGGAUAUUGUUGGAACUGGAAGGACCAUGAAGGUUCUGCUUAACAAUAUAGAAAAAUACAAGCCGAAAAUGAUUAAAGUGGCAAGUUUGUUGGUGAAAAGAACAUCUCGGCCUGAUGGAUACAGACCAGAUUGUAAGUGUUCUGAAAAUCUCUACUUGACAGUAGAAGUUGCCACUACUCUGUCACUUGCCUUUCAUCACAUUCUAUGGACUGCUAGAAGCAUUGCAAAAUACCAAUUGUCAGUGGGUCUAUGGGAUGCAAUGGCAGGAUUUGUAUAAUUGUCAUUUGGAAAACCUACCCGACUUAGGCUUUCUGCAGAAUACAAACUUUACAGGGAAAUUUUGAAAGGGUUUAAUUUUAUCAAUGAAAGGUGAGUGUUUUAUCUUCUGUCUCUGACAAUAUCAAAGAGAAUAUCCAUUUCUUCUUUUUCCUUCCUCAUUGCAUCUCUCUGGAGGAGCUGCAGGAUUCCAUCUGAGCAUGAAAGGUGUUUUAUUGUGACUAAGUGUUGGCAAGUUUUACAUUUUUUUAUUCAGAAAAGCACUUCUAUUUUUAAAAGUAUUAUUGUACAAAGGGAAAACACUGAUAUUAUAAUUAAAUCCCACCCCCUAAAAAGCAGAAGAUAAAUUGGACUUUUUAAACUUUCUCCUGCUGCUCAGUUUGCACCACACCAGCACCACCUCUCUCUAAAUUACUGGUCCUUGUACUGUGUUAUGAUGAAGCUGUAAAUGGAGCUAUACCAAGCAAUUGUCAUUUUAGACUUAUUUAGAAUAAAUAACAGCUAUGUGGCUAAAUAAAAUCCAUCUAGAAGAGAUCAACCAGUAUUUGCUACUGAAGAAGUCUCUGGUCAGCUGAGCUGGGGAGGAGGGUAGAAGGAGAGUAGGCAGGUGAGUACCAGGAGGCAGCAUGAAGGGUUUUGAUUUGGGGUGUGGGAGAGAUGGAAAAUUUAUGAAGCAAAAGUUACUUAAAUGUUGGGCAUGGCUGUGAGGUUUUAGCCCUGUUAUCUGAACUAUGAUCCAAACAUUUUGUUGUACAACUUUUUACACAGUGGAGUGGUAUUUUUUAACAUUUACAAUUUAACCCAGUAAAUUAAGGCAUAUAUUUGACUGGAUUAACUAAUGUUAAACAUAUAAAAUAAGCAAUAAAAUUACUUCAUGAAGGGUAGCUUUAUAUUUUUAUAUAUUAACUUUUGAAUGAAACAAAUUUUAUCCUUGUUCAUUCAUAGUGUGAUGAAUUUUAUAAAACAUCAGAGAUCUCUUUUGUAAAUCACUGACAGUGGUGUAACAUUUCCUCACUCACCUAAAUUUACAAUUCCAAAGUGCACAUAACCUCCAAUCUUAAACAACUGAAUAAAUUCCUUACCUGAAUACCUGUAGAAUUUUUUAUGUGGACCUAUUUUUGUGUCUGUAAGAUUGGAUUUUCCUCUAGUUAUUUAGAGAACAAUUUGGAAAGAGUCUAAUUUGUUUUACAUUGUGCUGAUAUUGCACAGACCUUCACACUGAAAAAGAUGCAUGUCUGUGCUUGGCUUCAGGUGUGUGAGUUGUAUAACUGAGGUGCACUGCAUGCAUUUACUUUGGUAAGCAUGUGCUUGAAUCUUCAUAAGGUUGGGGCUUUAAUUUGAAAGCAUUUGACAUGUUUUGGUAGCAUAAAAUACGAGAUAGGUUUUGCUAUUCUUAGCAGAAAAUAUAUAGAUCUGUGAAAGUUACUUCUGAUUUAAUAUUCCACAUAUUUCCAUCAUUACUGUGAUAUGGGACAGUAAUCUUCACACAUAGAUACCAAUGGAGCUUCCAAAUGCAAGCAGAAUGUUCCAGCUCUGAUUUUGGCUUCCAUCCACAAUGUGCCAGUGAUAAUUUUGUACAAAAUGAUCCUCUCCUCUCCUCUGACUCUUCACAUCCCUUUCACAAGUACUCUAUGCCUGGGAACUGGUUAUGGGGCUACUGCUGACCAUGAUGUCUCAAUCAAAACUAACAUAGCCCCAGCUGACUACAUAUAAAUAGAGUUUGCUUCUUGAGAACCACAAAUUAAUUUAAGGGCUUAUAACUGCCACUGAUCUUAUAUUGAUGGUGUUUGUUAUUUGUCUCA